CUGAGGCCGGGGGCGCAACCUGAGAAAGCGUAGAGCUAGCGAUGCCGCCCUUAAGAUGCAGAGGCUUCUGAAAACUGGUCGAGACAUAGGUGUGAGAGUAGCACAGAAUUUUGUAAGAUGCCCGAAGCCACGCCUACACUGAAGAAGUCAGGCAGAAACGGCUUAUCCGUGGCUAAGUCAAGCCAUCUCUUCUGUGAAUUGUUUUGAAUUUAUGACAGAGUUCCUAAAACAUUCCAAAAUUCCCUUGUUCAACUUGGACUCAACACUAUGAAAUCUGCAAAUAUAUGUAUAGGUCGACCAGUGUUGCUUACCAGUUUGGAUGGAAAACAAGAGGUCUAUACGGCCUGGCCUGUGGCAGGAUUUCCUGGAGGCAAGGUUGGCCUGAGUGAAAUGGCGCAAAAGAAUGUGGGUGUGAGUGUUGGUGAUGCCAUUCAAGUCCAGCCUCUAUUGGGUGCUGUGCUUCAGGCUGAGGAAAUGGAUGUGACACUCAGUGACAAAAAUGUGGAUAUUAAUGAAGAACAACUGACUGGUUGUCUUCUGAGAAAACUAGAUGGCAAGAUUGUUUUACCAGGCAACUUUUUGUAUUGUACAUUCUAUGGACGACCAUGCAAGUUGCAAGUGUUGAGAGUGAAAGGGACAGAUGGCAUGAUAUUGAGAAGGCCUCAGAAUGACACUGAUGCUCAAGGAAUGGACUGUGAACAGUCCAACAUAGACACCAGUACCCUGGAUGUAGCCUUACAGCUGAGCCAGUUAGAUCUGGAAGAGCCUCGGGAUCCAACAUCAAGCAGUACUCCUUGCAAACCAGUAGAUGACAGAAUGAUAAAUAAAGCUAGUGACAUUUUUUCAGAUGUUACACAGAGUCCUAGGGACAACAGUGGACUUGAACUAGCAGAGAUCACAGGACUUAAAUGUAGUUUUGAAUUGGCCAAAGGAGGAAAUGAGCAACUUGUUAAUGAAGAGGGAUUGCUAAAGUCAGCCUAUGUGGGAACAAAGCACAACACUGAUACUUUUUAUUUUAUUUCUUCAACAACGAGAGUGAAUUUUACAAAGAUUUGUACAAAUUCAGAAGAGCAAGACAACCAAUUCAAAGUAACUUACGACAUGAUAGGAGGCUUAAAUAGUCAGCUGAAAACAAUUAGAGAAAUAAUUGAAUUGCCUCUCAAGCAGCCUGAACUUUUCAAGAGUUACGGAAUUCCUCCACCUAGAGGAGUGUUACUCUAUGGCCCUCCAGGUACUGGGAAGACCAUGAUUGCUAGGGCUGUUGCUAAUGAAGUCGGAGCCUAUGUUUCUGUAAUUAAUGGUCCUGAAAUUAUAAGCAAAUUCUAUGGGGAGACAGAAGCAAGGCUACGUCAGAUAUUUGCUGAAGCCACUCUACGGCACCCAUCAAUUAUUUUUAUUGAUGAGCUGGAUGCACUUUGUCCUAAAAGAGAAGGGGCUCAGAAUGAAGUGGAAAAAAGAGUGGUAGCAUCACUGUUAACACUGAUGGAUGGUAUUGGUUCAGAAGGAAGUGAAGGACAAGUGUUGGUCCUUGGGGCCACAAAUCGCCCUCAUGCCUUAGAUGCUGCACUUCGAAGACCUGGACGAUUUGAUAAAGAGAUUGAGAUUGGAGUUCCUAAUGCUGAGGAUCGGCUAGAUAUCCUCCAGAAACUUCUUCGAACUGUACCCCAUUUGCUCACUGAAGCUGAGCUGCUACAGCUGGCAAAUAGUGCUCAUGGGUACGUUGGAGCAGACUUGAAAGCUUUGUGUAAUGAAGCAGGUCUCUAUGCCUUACGGAGAGUCUUGAAGAAACAGCCUAAUCUCUCUGAUAGCAAGAUGGCUGGGCUGGUGAAGAUUACUCUGAAUGAUUUCUUACAAGGGAUGAAUGACGUCAGGCCCAGUGCUAUGAGGGAAGUAGCAAUCGAUGUACCAAAUGUAUCCUGGUCAGAUAUAGGAGGACUGGAAAAUAUCAAACUAAAAUUGAAACAGGCUGUGGAAUGGCCUUUGAAACAUCCAGAGUCUUUCAUUCGAAUGGGUAUUCAACCACCUAAAGGAGUUCUUCUGUAUGGGCCACCUGGAUGCUCUAAAACAAUGAUUGCAAAGGCUUUAGCCAAUGAGAGUGGCCUGAAUUUCCUAGCUAUAAAGGGGCCUGAAUUAAUGAAUAAAUACGUUGGUGAAUCUGAAAGGGCUGUUAGAGAGAUCUUCCGAAAAGCGAGAGCAGUGGCUCCUUCCAUUAUUUUCUUUGAUGAACUUGAUGCCUUAGCAGUUGAAAGGGGCAGUUCUUCAGGUGCCGGGAAUGUAGCUGACCGUGUUCUGGCUCAGCUCUUAACGGAAAUGGAUGGUAUUGAACAGUUAAAGAACGUGACAAUUUUGGCCGCUACUAACCGCCCAGAUAGGAUAGACAAGGCUUUGAUGCGGCCUGGAAGAAUUGAUAGAAUCAUCUAUGUGCCGUUACCAGAUGCAGCAACAAGAAGGGAAAUAUUUAACCUGCAGUUUCAUUCUAUGCCAGUCGGUAAUGACGUUGAUCUGGCUGAACUCAUCCUCCAAACUGAUACAUAUUCAGGAGCAGAGAUUAUAGCUGUCUGUAGAGAGGCGGCUCUUCUGGCUCUGGAAGAAGACAUUCAAGCCAACCACAUUAUGAGAAGACAUUUUACUCAAGCCUUGAGCACUGUGACACCCAGAAUUCCUAAAUCAUUGAGACGUUUCUAUGAAGAGUAUCAGGAGAAGAGCGGGCUACAUACACUCUGAGAAAGUAUGCAUGUUCAGUAUGCUAAAAAUGCUUUCUAGAGAAAACUUGUUUCUUUUUAAAAUUUUGUCUUGAGAGUGUCCCAAAAAAACCUCUCAUAAGCAAAAUGUCUGAAACUGAGAGGCUUCAGUGUUUAAAGACAUUUUAAAUCAUAUGGAUACAAUGAGAAUGUCCAUGAAAAUCUUUGGACACAACUUUAAGUCAGUUUUAUCUGGAAAUGUGUGCUGUUUUAAAGAGCAAACUUCAGCUUUUUCAUUUUUGACCUAGUUUAUUCAUCUCAUGAAAUGCUUUCCUCACUCCAGAAUCUGUUUCACUGCAUUACUAAAUGCCCAGCCUGUGAGCCUCAGUUUUAUACAAGAACAUAGAAAAUGCAUGUGUUUGGGCACCUAAGUGGUUCAGUCAUUUAAGUGUCCAUCUCUUGAUUUUAGCCCACAGUUUGUGAGUUCAAGUCCCACAUAGGGCUCUGCACUGCCAGCGUGGAGCCUGCUUGGGAUUCAUUCUCCCUCUCUCUCUUUCUCUCCCUCCCUCUCUCUCUUUCUCUCACUCUCCCCCCACCACUUGCUCCUCUCUCUAAAUAAAUAAGUAAAAGAAAAUGCGUGUGGAUUAAUCCAUAGUGAGAAAUAUUUACAGACCAUUAUUUUUAAAGGCCAGCCAGUGGAAUAGACAAAUGCACAAACCAAACUUUUGUGGCCUUGUUUCUAGAUAUGUAUUUGUUUUCAUUAUAAUUCACACCUACAUGUUUGCUUUGGCCUUCUUAAUCAUUACUUAUGGCAAUAAAAAAAGAGAGAGAGAGAGAAUUGAGAGUUAUUUCAUGUAAUCCCCCUUGCCAAGUUUAAAAAAUUGGAAACAUAGGGGCGCCUGGGUGUCUCAGUCGGUUAAGUGUCUGACUUCGGCUCAGAUCGUGAUCUCACGGUUCGUGAUUUUGAACCCCAUGUCAGGCUGUGUGCUGACAGC